UCCAUAAUAAUUAAUGAUCCGAUUUUGGGCGGAGUAAACCCUCUCGCUUCGCCUCUUCCUCUCUGCUGCUAGGACUAUAUGUGACCAAAUUCCGUCAAAAAAAACGACCACAUAACUGGUUUGCACGGUCACCGCGAGCUAUCUAGUCUUCGGCAAUAUGGCACUUUUUCAUUUGAUUGCAAGUUGGAUCGGUUAUUUGCUUAUAUGCCUGCUUGGUUUGAUUUUGAUCGCGUUUCUCAUUUUUUGUCUUUACAUAAAAUAUAUUCAUCUGAAAUAUGAUCACAUACCGGGACCACCAAGGGAUAGUUUUAUAUUUGGACAUUCCCCAACCAUUCUGCGUGAGAUGAGCAAUGGUCGAGUUAUCCACGACAAAUUCCUGGAAUGGUCUGAGACAUAUGGACCUGUGUACCGUAUUAAUGGGUUGCAUGUUGUGAUGCUGUGUGUCACCUGUCCUGAUACCACCAAGGAAGUCCUGAUGUCACCAAAGUACCCCAAAGACUCACUGGUCUACAAGCGUCUCUUCAACCUGUUUGGACAGAGGUUUUUGGGAAGUGGCCUGGUCACAGCACAGAAUCAUGAUGUGUGGUACAAACAGCGAAGAAUAAUGGACCCUGCCUUCAGCAGUCUGUACCUGCGGGGUCAGAUGGGUGCGUUCAACGAGAGGGCAGAGAACCUGAUGGAUAAACUGGCGGACAUGGCUGACAACAACACAGCUGCCAACAUGCACCACUUGUUCAACUGUGUGACAUUGGAUGUCAUCACUAAGGUGGCGUUUGGAGUGGAGCUGGAUCUACUGAAGGAGAGUGACACUCCGUUCCCCAACGCCAUAGAGAUGUGUCUGAAGGGAAUGGUCUACUAUCUCAGAGACUCCACCUUCCAGCUCUACCCAAAGAACAAGAAGUUCAUCAACGAGGUGAAAGAGUCUGUUCAGCUGCUGCGUUCGACAGGCAGGCAGUGGAUCAACCAGAGGAAAAUGGCCGUCCAAAAUGGCGAGGACGUUCCAAAAGACAUCCUCACACAGAUCCUCAAGACGGCUGGCAAAGAGGAAAACAUAGCAAACGAUGAUGAGGAGGUUAUGCUGGACAACUUUGUGACGUUCUUCAUUGCGGGGCAAGAGACAACAGCCAAUCAACUAGCUUUUGCCGUCAUGGAACUGGGAAGGCUGCCAGAGAUAUUGACAAAGGUGAAGCAGGAAGUGGAUGAUGUCAUCGGGAUGAAACAGGAAAUCAGCUUUGACGACCUGGGGAAAAUGACCUACCUGUCUCAGGUUUUGAAGGAGACUCUAAGGUUGUACCCUACAGCACCAGGCACUUCUCGUUUCAUCCCCAACGACAUCGUCAUCAACGGCAUCCCCGUCCCAGCAGGAGUCUCAUGCUUCUUCAGUUCGUAUGUCUGUGGAAGGUUGGAUAAGUUCUUUGAGGACCCGCUGAAGUUUGACCCAGAGAGGUUCCAUCCAGACGCUGCCAAGCCCUAUUACUGCUACUACCCCUUCGCCCUGGGACCACGCUCAUGUCUGGGACAGAGCUUCGCACAGAUGGAGGCGAAGGUAGUGAUGGCCAAGCUGCUCCAGAGGUUUGACUUCAGCCUGCUGCCUGGCCAGUCCUUUGACAUCCUGGACACUGGGACUUUGAGACCAAAGAGUGGAGUGGUGUGUAACAUCAAACACCGAGGACAGACACCCGCAGCCUGACCUGACUGGGACCUGAACAUGACUAGCACUUCUCUAUAACUUACUUGUCUUAUUCCUUAUAGUUCCUAGUGGGGCAAAUGGCCUCUGCCUUAUAAAAUAUCUAGCUAUUUCUAAUGAAAAUUGAUUUUUAGAUUAUUUUUUUAUUUUUUUCUUGUUUCAGGUCAACAUCAUAAACAAAUUGUACCUGUGUUCAUACAUUUGCAUUUUCAAAAUGAAACAAGGAAACAGAAAACAAUCAAACACCAAAACAAAACAAUGACAGUAAUCCAAAACUCACCAAAACAAUAAGAAUUCACUUUCAGUUCUCUUAAAAUAGAUUUUGAACAGUUGUUUAUUUUUUUUAAUCAAUGGUGAAAUAAUAUCUUAAAUAUAAGGGUUCUAUUUGAUGAAGAGUGACUAGGACAGACCUGACAUAGGAGUGUUUGUAUUUGUACCGACUCCUUGUUGUUUAAUACACUCUUAUCAUGUUGUUAGUAUGCAGUAUACAAUUUAUCACAUUAUAUAAAGAGCUUUAUAAAGUAUAUAUUAACUUAUUUGAUGAAUUUCCUAACCAACAUUACCACAGUGCCUCUGUUGGAGAGCAUUUACUAUAUAUACUAGGCUUGGAGGGAAGCAAAAGUCAUUCCGCUACCUAAGAAUAGUACUGGCUCAAAUAGCCAACCAAUCAGCCUGUU